UUAUUGGGUUGUUGCAUGCAAUUCCAAAGUCGGAACCUUGAAACAGAAGGGUGGUUGACGCGUUGCUCCACAUCCAUGCCUUUACCGUGCCGCUACCUUUUUAUUUGCUUCCCGUGUGAACAUCGCAAAUAUACAUCUGCGAGUGCGUGGGAUAUGAGAGCUUGAAAAAGUGGUACUCUUUUUGUUUGAACUUGGGUGUGUGUGAUGGAGUUUUCUACAACUAUGCGAGUCUGGACCCUUUUCCUGUUACUAUUGCUACUACUGAAGAGUGAUAUUGUGCAUUCGGCUUCUGAUUACUUGAUUGGGCUUGGAAGCUAUGACAUUACCGGUCCUGCAGCUGAUGUCAACAUGAUGGGGUAUGCUAACGCCGACCAAAUUGCUUCUGGGCUUCACUUCAGGCUGCGGGCUCGAGCUUUCAUUGUUGCUCAGUCAAAGGGUAACCGGGUAGUUUUUGUGAACCUAGAUGCUUGCAUGGCUUCACAGCUUGUGACGAUCAAAGUGAUUGAGAGGCUCAAAGCAAGAUAUGGUGACCUAUAUACCGAAAAGAAUGUGGCUAUUAGUGGAAUUCACACACAUGCAGGUCCUGGAGGUUAUCUCCAAUAUGUUGUGUAUAUUGUGACAUCUCUUGGAUUUGUUCGCCAGUCAUUUGAUGUCAUUGUUGAUGGCAUUGAGAAAACCAUUGUUCAAGCCCACGAAAAUCUCCGCCCGGGAUCAAUAUUUGUCAAUAAGGGAGAUCUCUUGGAUGCUGGUGUAAAUCGCAGUCCUAGUGCUUAUCUCAACAAUCCUGCUGCAGAGAGAAGCAAAUAUAAGUAUAAUGUUGAUAAAGAAAUGACUUUGUUAAAGUUUGUUGAUGAUGAAUGGGGUCCUUUGGGAAGUUUCAAUUGGUUUGCUACUCAUGGUACUUCAAUGAGCCGUACAAACUCAUUAAUUAGCGGGGAUAAUAAGGGCGCAGCUGCAAGAUUUAUGGAAGACUGGUUUGAGCGAAAAGGGUCAGUAAGAAUGGAUUCUGUUGGAUUUGAUGAUGGAAUACCAAGAAGAAUUUCAAAUAUAAUUCCCAGCCUUCAUGAUAAUCACCAUGAAUUACUGGAGCUUGCUGCCUCAUUCCAAUCUCCUCCUGGUAAACCUGCAACUAAAACUUCAAGCGUUGCUAGACGUGUCAGAGGUGUCCUUAGGCAGGUUGACAAGCCUAGAUUUGUAUCUGCAUUUUGUCAAUCAAAUUGCGGGGAUGUUAGUCCAAAUGUACUUGGUGCUUUUUGUACAGACACUGGACUACCUUGUGACUUCAAUCAUAGUACAUGUGGCGGAAAGAAUGAAUUAUGCUAUGGUCGAGGACCUGGUUAUCCAGAUGAAUUUGAAAGUACACGUAUUAUAGGGGAGAGACAAUUUAGAAAAGCAGUGGAGCUAUUCAAUGGAGCAUCUGAACAGAUUAAAGGGAAAGUUGAUUUUCGACAUGCUUUCAUUGAUUUCUCUCAGCUUGAGGUAAAUCUUUCUAAUUCUGAGGUCGUAAAGACAUGCCCUGCUGCAAUGGGAUUUGCAUUUGCUGCUGGAACAACUGACGGACCUGGAGCUUUUGACUUUAAGCAAGGUGAUGAUCAGGGAAAUCCUUUCUGGAAGUUGGUCCGCAAUGUAAUUAAAACACCAGGCAAGGAACAAAUAGACUGUCAACACCCAAAGCCUGUCUUACUUGAUACUGGUGAAAUGAAGCUACCAUAUGAUUGGGCACCUUCAAUACUUCCAAUCCAGAUCUUCCGAGUUGGGCAGUUUGUUAUUCUUAGUGUACCAGGAGAAUUUACAACAAUGGCUGGAAGGCGCCUCCGUGAUGCAGUCAAGACAGUGCUAAGUGGUAACAAAGACUUUGGUAGCAACAUUCAUGUUGUUAUAGCAGGGUUGACCAAUACUUAUUCACAGUAUGUAACUACAUAUGAAGAGUACGAGGUGCAGAGAUAUGAGGGUGCGUCCACGCUGUAUGGUCCACACACACUUAGUGCUUACAUUCAGGAGUUUAAGAAGCUCGCGCAUGCUCUCAUCAGUGGCCAGCCUGUAGAACCCGGCCCACAACCCCCUGACCUCCUCAAUAAGCAAAUAAGCUUAUUAACACCAGUAGUGGUGGAUGGAACCCCUAUUGGUGUAAAAUUUGGGGAUUGCGACUCCGAUGUACCCAAGAACUCCACCUUCAAGAGAGGUGACAUGGUGACAGUUACAUUCUGGUCUGCGUGCCCUCGAAAUGACCUUAUGACUGAAGGUACAUUUUCCCUGGUGGAAUUUCUCCAAGGAAGGGAUACUUGGGUUCCUGCUUAUGAUGAUGAUGAUUUCUGCCUGCGUUUCAAGUGGUCAAGGCCUUUCAAACUCAGUUCUCAUAGUAAAGCCACUAUAGAAUGGAGAAUCCCACAGGACGUAACUCCUGGUGUAUACAGAAUCAAACAUUUUGGGGCUGCUAAGAGCUUAUUAGGAUCAAUUCGUCAUUUUACAGGUUCAUCUAGUGCAUUUGUUGUUGCAUAGUAAAUGGAGGCUCGCGGAUAAAUUUAAUUGUUGGAACGCAAUUACCUCUGUAUCUGCAAUUUGUUGUACUGAACUGUUCCAUAAUAAAUUAAAUCAGCGAUGAUUCCACCUUGUUAUCAACUAUUCUUUAUCUCCUUUCCUACAAAUUCAAUGCAGCUACUCCCAUGUUAAUCAAAUCAUUUGUGGCUUACAUUUGCUCUUUAGACACUGUUAA